AAAUUUUCUAUUCUCUUUCUUGAUCACAUUUGAAGUUCACAAAGCAAAGCCAUCCAUGGCUUCCAGGACGUUGUUUAUCCAAAUGAUAAUCUUAUCCUCCUUUCUCUUACCUUUUUCAAAUCCCGCAGACUACAAUUAUCCAGCAGUUUUCAACUUUGGUGAUUCAAACUCUGACACUGGUGGACUUGUUGCUGGUAUGGGUUUGCUAGUGGGCCCUCCUAAUGGACACAAAUUCUUCAAAACCUCUUCUGGGAGGGUUUGUGAUGGUCGUCUGAUUGUAGACUUUCUCAUGGAUGCAAUGGAGCUUCCAUUUCUAAAUCCAUAUCUGGAUUCAAUCGGAAUGCCAAGUUUCCAAAAAGGGUGUAACUUUGCAGCUUCAGCAUCUACUAUACUCCCAUCGCAUGCAGGAUCAACCUGCCCAUUUUCAUUUGGAGUUCAGGUGGAUCAGUUUGUCCGAUUCAAGACCCGGGUUCUUGAAUUGUUACCUACAGCUACAGCUAAUAAGAAGAUUGAAAAAUAUAUUCCAGUGGAAAGUUUUUUUCAGAAGGGGCUCUACAUGUUUGAUAUAGGCCAGAAUGAUCUGACUUUUGCAUUCUAUUCCAAAUCACUGGAUGAGAUACUUCUCUGGAUUCCUAACGUUUUAUUAGAAUUUGAAACAGGAAUAAAGAAACUAUAUGACCAAGGAGCUAGGAAUUUUUGGAUACACAACACAGGUCCUCAAGGAUGCUUGCCUCGCAAUAUCGCCGAAUUCCAAACUGACCCAUCAAAGCUUGAUGAACUAGGAUGUGUCAGCUUCCACAAUGAAGCUGCUAGAGUUUUCAAUCUGCAUCUUCAUGCUCUGUGUGAAAGAUUGCAGAAUGAAUAUGCAGAUGUAAAUGUUACAUAUGUUGAUAUUUUUACCAUAAAGUCGAACUUAAUUUCAAAUCACUUUCAAUAUGGAUUUAAAGAACCUAUUAUGGCUUGCUGUGGAUAUGGAGGACCACCAUUGAACUAUGAUAAUCGAAAUACCUGUGGUCACACUGGAACUUCAGCUGCAGCCAAAGCAUGCAGUAACAGCAGUGAAUAUGUCAAUUGGGAUGGAAUUCACUUCACAGAGGCUGCAAAUCAACAUAUUGCUUCCCAAAUACUAACUGGAAAAUAUUCUGAUCCACCUGUCUCAGACGAAAUGCCUUUCCUUCUGAAGAUCUAAGUUAUAAAAUCAGAAAUGCCACAAUUUGCUGGUCAUCUUUUAUUAUUAGAUUUUGUUAUUCUUGAAUACUAUUUAAAGUCUUUGCGCUUACUAUUUAGGUGUUUAUUUUAGGGGAAUGUGAUAAAAAUGGAGGUGAUUGGAUAGAGAUAGCCUUGCUACUUUUCAUAAACAAUGCAAUUGGCACUGUGCAAUUUGGUUUUCUGCAAUUGAUCACUAUCUACCUUUUUAGAUUUUACA